CAGUUGAUAUAUCAGGUCACCUGACUUAACAUUUUAAAAAGGUUAUGUUUUCUGAAAUAUAAAAUAAAGAAUAGUGUAUAAAGAAAAUAAUAAUAAUAGUUUUCAUCUUCUGUCUAGUAAUUAUAAAGUAGAUAUUAUAAUGGAAACGAAUACAACACCUUAUACAAUUUUUAAAACGAUUUUAAGUUAUAGUGUUUUUAUCUUGGCUUCGCCCAUAAUUACGUUUUUUGUUUCAAAAAUUAUUUUCGAAGGUAUUUUGGGCACAUCUCCUGUCACAACAAAUAUUUCAUCUGCAGUUUUAGCUGUAGUGGUAUUGCACAUAGCAGUAGGAAUGUAUAUAUUAAAAGCUUAUUCAGAAGCUGAUAAAGUGAAGGACCAAUAAAUAUUAAAUAUAGCAUUAAAUAUUUUUGUAUUAUUUCAUGUUGCAAAAAAGUAUUUUUUAAUGAAAUUGCAAAUGCUGAAGGAUUAAAUUAGAAACUUAAAAUUAAAUUAAAAAUGUGAAUAUAAUAACAGGAAAAGAUUCAAAAUUUACAUUUAGUUGUACUUUUCAGAUGUAAUAAAACAAUAAUUCUAAUAAAAAUUCAUAAAAUGUGAAUAUAUAUAGAACAUAGGAGGAAAAAAUUAUUAGUACUUUUACCAAUUAUUUAUUAUUAAUUCAAUAUAAGUAUAACUUUAGAGACCAAAGAAAUUGUAUGGAAGUGGAACAUUUAACUGUAUAAGUACACUUCAAAAGUGAAAAAAAAUAUUUAAAAAAAAAAACAACUUCAUUUAUUUUUUGUAUUUGUAAUUAUAAAACUUCACUUUUUUGCUAUGUGUUAUUAAUAAUGUAUUAUUUGAAAUUAGUUAUACCCAUUAUUUUAUAUUAAAAAAGUUUUUUCCCUA